CAUCGUUUGUUUGUUGUGUAAAUUUAUGAGCAAUUAACCAAAAAUAUUUAUUAAAAAAAAACACCAUUGUUUAAUAAUAAAUAAAUAAACCAUGAAUGAAAUAUUAGACAAUAAUUUCAAGGAGUUUUAUCCAAAAAUAUCAACGGCGCUAAAAGAAGCAUCAUUCAUCGGAAUUGAUUGUGAAUUUACUGGAAUAAAUCAUCAAUCAAUUCCACAUGCAACGCUAUUUGAUUCUAUGCAACAACAUUAUGAUAAAUUACGAAGAAAUAUUGAGUCUUAUAUUGCUGUUCAAAUUGGUAUAACAGCAUUUAAAAAAUUACAACAUGAAAAUGUUUAUAUUGCAACACCAUUUAGCUUUUAUUUACAACCAAAAACAAUUCCAACUGGUGUUGAUCGUGAAUUUCGUUGGCAAGUAACAGCAAUACAAUUUUUAAAAACACAUAAAUUUGAUUUUAACAAGGCAUCUUAUGAUGGUAUAUCAUACUUGAACAAUCAAGAUGAAAUUAAUUUACAAAAUUAUCUUAAAAAGAAUGAGUAUGCUGAUAAUGGUGCUUGCUUGAUAACUUUGGAUGAAGAAAAUUUCUUUUUCAAUACAAUUGAUCGUGUUAAAAAAUGGAUUAAAAAUUCACCAUCAAAUGAAAAUACAAUUGAAAUUGAAUGUAAUGAUUAUAUACAAUUUUGUUGUAUACAAAAAUAUUUGAGAAAUUCAUUUAACAAUAUUUGGACAGAACCAUUGGAUAAUAAAUUUUUAGUUAUUAAAGUUACACAAGAAACAAGAAGUAUACUUGAAGAAAAAGAUAAUAAUAGUCUUGAAAAUAAACUCAUGGAUUAUUGUAUGGGAUUCACCAAAAUAUUUAAAUUAUUAAAAAGCUUAAAAAAGCCAAUUGUUGGACAUAAUUUAUUGUUGGAUUUGAUGUUUAUGUAUCAACAAUUUUACGAACCAUUACCAGUAAAAUAUACAAAUUUUAAAAAAGAAAUUAAUCAAAUUUAUCCAACUGUUUAUGACACAAAAGUAUUGAGUUAUGAAAUGAAAAAAAUUACAAAAAAAGAUACUUGGAAGUCAAAUAGUCUUGAAGGACUUUACACAUAUUUUAAAGACGAUGAAGGAAGAUUUCUAGUUGGUAAUUCACCAAGAAUUCAUUUUCAAAAUUCAGAAAUAAUUAAUGAAAAAAUAUUUCAUGAUGCUGGAUGGGAUUCAUUUUACACUGGUUAUUGUUUUGUUAAAAUUGCUCAUGUAUAUGCAUCGAAAAAACGAGGAGGAGUUGUUGCAAUGAAAGAUUUUACACAUGCUGAGCUUAUUGCAAGUAUUCAAGAUUAUAAAAAUUGUGUUAAUUUAAUUCGCGGUAAUUGUCCAUACAUGAGAUUAGAUGGUCCAGAUCCAAUUUCUUCAAGACCACCAAGGUUAAACUUUGAAACUCGAAACUCAAAAUCACUAAAUAUGAUUCAGGUGAUUGAUGCUCUUUCUUCUUUCGAAUCAGUUGCCAUUCAGCCUUAUACAAAAACCAGUGUCCUUAUUGCACCAUCAAAUUAUCGAACAGCCAGAGAAAUAUUGCAACAUUUCGAAAAAAAUAAAAAUUAUUGUGUGUCAACAUUCAGCCCAUUAAAACAUUCACCAGUUAUCAGAUCAUUGCUAUGGAGCAGUUUGGUGUUGUCCGGUAGCCUACUGACCUGGUUGAUUCAUCAAACAGUUAAAAAACCAACAAUUACAUAGUUCAAUUAUGAAUUUUCAACACUUUAUAUAUAUAUUUUUUUUUCAACUAAAACAUAUAAAAAAAUAUCAAAGAAACAAAUGUUGCUGUUUUAAUGUCGACACUGGAUCGAUGUCUUUCGUGGGCGUUGUUUUUUCAAUAUAUAUUUAAAAUUAUUUUUAAAUAUAUUUAAAACAAAAAGAAGAAAAAAAAAAAAACAAAACUAUUUUCUUAAAUAUAUAUAUUAUUAUUAUUUUUUCAUAGAAUAAACAAGUUGUUUUUUGAGUUCAAGUACUUAAACUUGAUAUUCAAAAUUUUUAUGACUUGUUGUGUCGUCGUCCAGCAAAAAUUUAAAAAAAAAAAAAAAAAACUAUAUAUAUUUUUUUUGUUUUAUCUGGCCACAACUGAAGGCCAGUUAUCCAAGAAAUAAACUGGGACAGUUAAUGUGGGUGGUUGAGCAAAUCUGGUCAAUGCAACAGGUGAAAUUUUCACCGUUUGAUUUUUAUUUAAAAAAUAUAUUAUUAUUUGCCAAAGGUCGCAGACAAAUGCCUGUCUGACAAUAUGAUUUUUUUAUUUAUAUUCUCAACGAAAUAAAAAUACAAAAAAUAUACCUCAAAUUAUCUCAGGAAUAAAAUAAAAAAUUGUUAAUUAAUAUAUUUUGUAAAUUAUAAUUAUUUAAAUGUAAAAUAGUUAAUAAAAGUAUUGUUUAAAAUUAAAAAAUUAUUGAUAAAAUCCGGGCAGAAAGACAUACAUGUCGUUGUGACUCUUAAAAUAUCAUUUUCUGCAGUUAAAUAUUCAACUGGCAAGAAACAUUUUUGCAUAUACAACUAAAUAUAUUUCGUAAUAUUCAACCAAUCCGUAGAUUUAAAUUUUUUUUUAAAAUUCUUAAAUACUUGUGUUAAAUAUAUAUGUUAUAAUAUAUUUAUUAUACAUACUAAUGUCUAUAAAAUUCAACAUGUUGAGGAAGUUAAGAGGCAAAAUGUUUGGCUUGAGAUUAUCUAUCCCAACUUAAUUUUUGCACCUGUUUUCAUUUCGCCACGACAAAAAGACUACAACGAAUUAAUAGAAAUAGCCAAUUUUAUUAAGUUUAUUAUUUCAACAAAAAAAUUAAAAAAUAUAUCUCACAAAUUUAAAGAUAUUUUAUUGAUCUGUGUUGCAAAAUGUAACACAGAUUUUUUGCAAAUAAAUUUAGUUAUUUUAUUUAUAAAAUAGAUAAAAUUUCUAAGCAAAUUAAAAUAUGUAAAAAAAAAUAGAAAUAGAUUGUAGAAAAUUUAGCAAAUAGUAUUAUGAUAAUGAUGUUGUUUAAAGUUGAUAAAAAUGACAAUUUAAAGUCUCGACAAUAUAAAACGAGACUGGUAUUUUUACUUAGUACUAUUUUUGGUUCAUAAGCUACGAGUUAAAAAAUAGCCUAGCCUAGCCCCUGGCCUAGAGCACAUAGGCUUGUUUAGAAAUUACAUAGACUUAU